UCAACAGUUCCUCUAUACUAUUCCUGCUGAAAUUGGUAGUGACUAUGUAUCUUUAAAUUAUAUUUAACUUAUAAGUUAAUGCCUAAUGCAAAAUCCCAUUUCUAGAAAGAAAUUACUUUCAAUGAGAAAACGGAAAUUUCAUUGAACGUGAGCUCAAACCGAACUGUUUGUUUUGGUUGUUGUACUUUCAUUAUCUUUUUAUCCUGUACGGUUAUGUUUUCCUGUUUUGUUGAAAACAUGAUUUUUAAAUAAUAUGUAGUCAAAAUGUAUAUAUUUCCAAAUACGCCUGUAACACUCUUCCCCUAACAAUGCUCAAAACUGUAUCUAUAUAAUUAUAUUGGUUAAAGUACUUGACCACUUUAAUCAGAGGCGUAGCUAGACUAGUUACACUGUGGAUUCGUGAAAUAACCUGGAUACACGCUCCAUCGAAGAAUUUUGAAACCAAUAGACAAUUUGGUGCAUUUUGGAGAGUUCUAAGGUGCUACAAUAGUGCUGAAAAUGGAAAUUUGAGAAACAUUUAUCAACAAUAGUAUUACCUUAGCUUUUUUUCUGAUUCAUAAUAUCAACACAAAUUGUAAUACAAAUCUAAUUUUCCGGGUUUUUUUUCUUGCAGAUUCUUGUCUUAUAAACUGUAGCUUGCAUAUUUCAGUACCGUCUAUAAAUAUGAUCAAACAUUCAAGCCUGCACCAUGUUCAAUUUUGCCAUUUUGGAUUUCCUUUUUUUAUCUAUUUAACUGCCAACUCAGUAUUAUGUAUAUAUAUAUGUAUAAUCAAAGCUGUUAUAUUUUUUAUCCUUGGUGAUCGUUCAGCACGACAUUGUUGUCAUGUGUAAAUGUUUAUUUUAUUGUUAGUUUCUUCUAUAUGAACUUUCUUCUACUUUGAUUCUUCCAGAAUUCCUCUUGAAUACUGUUUAAUCACCUUUAAGAUAUGUUGUCUGACUUGUUUGCCUUUCUACGUCUUAUCUGUGAUAAGCAUGCUUUAUAAUUUCUGAUUUCCUCCCAAAAUUCUAUGUCAGUUAAUUUAGCAUACUUUAGCUUGCAGAUUCUUAUACCGUCCAUGACUAGGUUUAAUCAAACCAAGCCUGUAACAUUUUCAGUCUUGCCGUUUUGAAAGUUAAUGAGGGAUUGCAUUUUUGUAAAUUGUAGUCAGAAAGGACACUUAAUUAUCGGUAAAAGUGAAAGACUUAUCCAAUUCCAUUAGAAAAAAAACAACAUCGGUAAGAAUUAUAUAAAAGUACCUGUAGUCAUUACUGAAAUAAAGACCGAUUAUAAUAUAGAAACAGAGAGAAAGUCUUUUGGCCAUGUUUAAAAACAUUAUUCUUCGCUAUUUAUUUUCCAAGCUGAACUUAUGAAAACAAGCAAUUUCUUUUUGUGUCGCCUUGAAAAAAAGAUUUACUCCAAACUUGGUAUGCAUGCCUUUUUUAAUUACCUAAAGUGCAUUGCAUAAGAAUCGUUACCCUGCACAUAUUAUUCGAGUUAUUACCCUUUGUUAAUUUCAUACUUUUUUCUGUUCGGGCCAUUUCUCCCAAACUGUAAAAGUUAAGGACUUGAAACUUCAUAGGAUACAAGAUCUCGUUGAGGACAAGUGUAGUAAACAUGAACCAGUACUUAGUACCUUAUGAUUUUUUUAGUUAUUGCCCUUUGUUAAUUUUUAUACUUUAAAUAUCAUCGGGCAAAAUCUCAACACUUUAAAAGCUAUUGACUUGAAACUUCAGUUUGACAAAGUGCCGUGUACAAUAAUUUAUAUUCUGCAAUUCAUUCGCUUUGCGUUAUUGCCCUUUGUUAAUGUUCAUACUUUAUUUUCCAGGCUAUUUCUCCUUAAGUAUAAAAUCUAUGGAUAUGAAACUUCAUAGGUUGAUAGAUCUCAUUGAGAAAAAGUGCAGUGCACAAGAACCGGUACUCGGUACCUUAUUAUUUUUCUUAUUUAUUUUCAUACUUUAUUUGUGUACCGGCCAAUUAUCCUACUUUUUAAAAGCUAUUGACUUGAAACUUAAUAGGAUGGUGGAUCUUAUUACGAACAAUUGCAGUGCACAAAAACUUGUACUUUGCACUUCAUUAUUGUUCAAAUAUUGCCCUUUGUUAAUUUUCAUACUUCAGGCUUGUCCUGACCAUAAUUUGAACACUAUAAGUUUGAUUGUCUCCAAAUCGAUAUGCAAGCUCUUUUCAUUGACCGGAAGUGCAGUGCACAAAAACUGUCACAGAGUCCUUCAUUUGAUCUGUCAGUGUAGAACCUUUCCAUUUUAUGAUUUUAUUUUUGAUAAUCUAACAGUUUAAGUAAUCCUGGCGUAACAUUGUUACUAAAGUUAAAGAUACAUGUAUAUUGCAAAAACAGUGCUUAUAACUAACCUAUUUACAAGAAGAAACUGCCUAACUAACAGCUAAACUGUUGACAAGGCGAUACAUCCGACUUGCAGUGUUCUACUUUACCAUUUAAUUUUGAUCCUAAAAUUAAUUUCCUUCCCAACAUUGUAUCGUUCAUUUUUUCUGAUAAUUCAUUGAUUCUUUUCAUGCUUUAUUUUCGAAAAAUACGCAAUCAUUAGUUGAAAAUUUUAUUUGAAAUUUACUUAAUGCUGUGUAAGAAGUAUGAUAGGACAGAACGGAGCUCCUGUUUACUUUAUAAUAGUUACAUUUCAAAAGCCUUAAUCAAUACGAAAUAACCCUUUUAAAACUUCGACAAUGUUGAGUAAUUGGAUAUUGAUUGAUUAGUUGUUAAUAGUUAGGUUUGAAUAUCAAAACCGGUUUUAUUACAAAAGUAGAUAUGAUUUAUAAGCUAAAUUUAGAAACAGAUAAUCAGUGUAAUGGCUAAUUCUGAAAGAUCUGUCAAAAAGGCUAAGAUGACUGAUGAUGCUGGUAGAUCGUCAAAUGAACCACCUCCCUAUUUAGGAAAAGAAAGGUCACACGGAAUAUACUGCAGGGAAACAAGUACCGUUUCGCAAUGUUUAUCGCACCUUUGUCUCUCAAAACAUCUUUCAGACAUGAGCUUUACCUUCAGCACAGAUAAAAGUGUGAAAAUUCCGGUUCAUAAAAUUAUACUAAGCAUGCGCAGUAAAGUGUUUGAAGCCAUGUUUUAUGGUUCUCUUGCAGAAGGAGGAGAAACGGUGUUAAUUGAAGAUGUUGAACCGGACGUGAUGAAGACUGUUUUAAGAGACUACCAUUUACCAGGUCUUGUUGAAAAAUGCUCCGAAUUUCUUGGAAAUAGCCUUGACGUGAAUAAUGUCUGUCAGGUCAAUGAGGAAGCCAUCAUGUACGAACUAAAACCCCUACAGGAGAGAUGUCUAUCAUUUAUUAUUGAAAACGCAGAAGAAGUCUUUGCAUCGCCAGGCUUUUUAGAAAUAGCAUUUGCAUCGUUGAUGAAUGUUAUUAAAAGAGAGGAAUUAUUAUGCAAUGAAGUUGAUGUAUUUAAAGCAGCGGUUAGAUGGGCAACACACAACCGUGAUAACAAGAGCAACCCCACAGUUGAACACAAUUUGCGUGAUCAACUUGGAGAAGCAUUGUUUCAGAUUAGAUUUCCGAUUAAGCCGAUAGAAGACUUUGCCAAAAUUGUUCAUCCGGCUAACAUACUAACCAAGGAAGAGUUAUUGAAUUUGUAUCCGUAUAUAGCAACAGAAGGCUCGUUCCCAUCGUCUCAUGUGGAAAAUUUCAUAAAAGACAAAAGAUCAGGGAUACAAGUUACGAUAAACCUAAAGCAAUAUCUACAGCGACAGGAUAAAAGUGAUGGAAUAUUCGGCGGUUGCUUUUUGGAAAUAGAAGGGGGUACUGAUUCUGUUCGUCCAACGUCAAGUAAUUUCGCAUAUUGUCACAUAAGCAGUAAAUCUGUUAAAAUAAAAUCCGUCUCUGGAACAUUUGUGGGAGAUGUCAAAAAAGUAAUUUUAAAUGGAACAGUCAUUUCUGAUUAUAAAAAGCAAGAUAAUGAAAUUUCUUUCAAAAAUCCAAUCGAUAUAUCUGAAACUUUACGUAUACACUUUUAUUUUCCGAAAAAUGAUAAUAAAAUUGGAUCGGAUUCUGCAAAAUCGAAGCCUUUCACAUAUAAUUCAAACAUACAGGAACACGUUAGAGGACAUGGUGUCACAAUAAAAAGACAUCCAGUAGGCUUAGAAACUAUCACAUUUAGUUUGAACUGACAUUGAACCAAUUUUUUGCAUCUGACCUGAGCAACGAGUUAAACCUUAAUGCUAAUUUUGUUAUCUCAGUCAUAUGCAUCGUUAAAAUAUAGAUACAGCUAUUACUUGUACAAAAGGCUUAUUCCAGACUUUAUAGAAAAAGAUACAACCUGUGUUUCUAUAUUGACUAGUCAUGUCUUUAAUUUAAUGUCAUUUUAUUGUGCUCCGACUUUCUGGUUCAAUUCUGCAUCUUAACUUUAAAACAUUAUUUAAAUCUAUAAGGAUCACAUUUGUAUAAAAGUACUGAUUGUAAAUAUCAAUAAAGCAAAUAUUGCUUCUGAUUUUACAGAAAUAUAGGCAAUAUCGUUUCUUAUUUCACAGACUAUAUUUCGUUGCAUUACUUUACUUCAAUAAUUGUAGCACUAGAUCAAAGUUUAGUUUCUUUUGUUUGUGAUCAGACAAUCAUGUCUUUUUCUACUGUGGUCAUUAUAGAUACCCGGAAUUUUAGAAAUGUUGUAUAAGUGUAAUGUAUACUUAGUGGUCACUAUUGAUACCCGGAAUUUUAGAAAUGUUGUGUAAGUGUAAUGUAUACUUAAGUAGUAAUGUAUACUUAGUCCUUAGGUAAGUGAAAUGUCACCGUUACCUCACUUUAGCUUAAUUAAAUUCACACUAAUUUGUUUUCAGAUUUCGUACAUUCUGGUUUUAAUUCAAAUAAACUUUAUUAAUCGAGGUAUUUCUAAUCUUACUGUACUAAGUUUUUGGUUAA